UCUACUUUAUCCUCUUACCAAACUCAACCAACCCAACCAACUUCCCCGAGUCUCCACCCCCAUUCCCCCCUUAGCAAAAUUCUGUAAAAACACACAAUAAGAUAAUGGAAAAACUCAUCAAUUCAACAACUCAAUUUCCCUCUAAACUCCAUAUACAAAAUCCCUCACAUUCUCCUCUUCUUCCUAAUAGAAUUCGCCAUGUACAUUUUAAGCCUGAGUCACGUAGAGGAGUCAACUCGUUCUUCUCCUUCAAGUGUCUCCGUGAUUCUUCUAGUUCAUCAUCAUGGUCCUCAUCGUUAUUUGAAAAACAAAAUGUGAACGAGAAAAAAGCAGGUGUAGUUCCGGGUUUUGAAUAUGGAUCCGAGUUGAAGAUACGGUUGCUUAAGGAGAUUGGUGAGAAGAUAUCUCGACAAAACAAGGUCCUUUCUGCAAGUACCAUAGUUCUUCUGUCAGCCGUGUUUGUUAUGCUCAUCCAUCCGGUCAUUGUUUCACCAGCUUUUGCUAGUUUCCAAACAGCAGCAAAGGCUAGUGGGCCAGCUGCAGCAGCACUGGGGAGUCGAUUUGUUCGUAAUGAACUACUAAGCAGUGCAUGGACUGGUUUUUUCGCUGGUUGCCUACACACACUAUCAGGUCCUGACCAUCUUGCUGCUUUGGCUCCUUUGUCAAUAGGCCGCACAAGAAUGGAGAGUGCGGCAGUGGGAGCACUCUGGGGCUGUGGUCAUGAUGCCGGGCAGUUGAUUUUUGGCUUGUUGUUUCUGCUCUUAAAGGACAGACUUCACAUUGAAGUUAUCCGUACAUGGGGAACAAGAGUAGUAGGCUUCACCCUUCUUGUUAUCGGAGCAAUGGGAAUUAAGGAAGCAUCUGAAGUUCAUUCCCCAUAUGUUGCCCUGGAAAAUGGUAAUAGUGAGGUUAGCGUAUACGAAGGCAUUGAUACUCCAGUUAUUGGGAAGAAGAAGAAAGUAGGCUUUGCUACCUUUGCGACUGGCAUUGUCCACGGGCUACAACCUGAUGCGCUCUUAAUUAUCCUGCCAGCGCUUGCUUUGCCAUCUCGGUUGGCUGGUGCUGCCUUCUUAGGUAUGUUCUUGGUUGGAACUGUUAUGGCUAUGGGAAGCUAUACUGUGUUUAUAGGCUCAUGUAGUCAGGCAUUGAAGGAUAGAGUACCAAGAAUUACUGAGAAACUCACUUGGGCUUCUUCCCUUAUAGCAAUUGGUUUAGGCCUUGCUAUUAUUAUCAGCCAAUUGUUUGGUUUUAGCCUAUAUUAAUGCAUUUCAUUUGUUUAUUUUUAAUAUUAGGUGAUGUAUCUUUUUUUGUGAGGAUAUAUUUUUUUUAUUGAAGAUUCAUCUUGUACCAUCAUUAAUAUUAUUUUCAAGUUCUUCC